UCAGCUCGAACAAAAAGAAUGUUGAUGCAUGGAUUCCAAACCUCUUAUAUAAGGGAGCUGUUUUCACAUCAAGAUGCACCAACACAAUUGCCAGCAGUGGGCAAAUCGAAAAGUAGCUGCAGGAGCUCUUCCGAAGUUGGACUUGAAGCCUGCAAAACGAAUUUUGAGGAAUCGAGGAUGGUUUCCUUAAACCUGGCACAAGUUGGAAUUGUCAUCAUCUUUUGCAGCAUGUCGUGGCUGCUACCCUGUGAGGGGAAUCCCAGAGGGAGGAGAACGGUGAGCGAACAUCAGGAGAUGCAUGACAGGGGUCGCUUUCUGCAAGACUGGAAGAGGAUGCAGUGGCUUGAGAAGAUCAUGGAGAGUUUGCACACGGCUGUUGAAGUCCUUCCUAAUGACGCAGCUGCAGAAAAUCUACCGGGACAGAGGGAACCAUCUGCACUUCCCCAUACCCCCGGAUAUAGGGAAGGAAUCGCCAGUAGCCACCAAGACCUCGAACUAGGAGGUGUUCUUGCUGGUGACCUCGAGGAAGCUGAGAAGGCAGCGAGAGUGGAUCUUUCUGAUCUUCAGAGUUGACCAUAGUGUCAUACAGCACAGAAACAGGCUCUUCGGCCCAACUCUUCCAUGCAGACCAAGAUGCCCCAUCCAAGCGUUCCAUUUGCCAGCGUUUGACCCAUACCCUUCUAAACCUUUCCUAUCUAACUAACAUUCAGUACAAUCAAUUUUGAGGAUCUACGAGUUGUAUAGUGAUCCUGACACUGUCUGAUCCCAAAUAAUACCGACUGUUCCCUCUUAUAUACCAACUUAUUUAAUGGGGAACUUGAGUCACACAUUUCCAUUUUAUCCUCUUCUUCUCCUCCCCCUCCUGUCCUCUUCCAUCCAUAUCCCUCCCUCCAGCUUUAUUCCUCCUCAU